UAGGGUUAAGUGUAAUUAAGUGAGGUUAACCAACACUAAGGUUUACCUUCUCAGGCCAUCUUGGAAAACAUUCUUUGCUCACUAGACUGUCCUUUAAUUGUUGAUGAGUAUCUUCUUUCCUUCAUACUUGUGCCAUAUGAUGUUAAAGUUUUUAUUUUUCAUACUUCGUAAUUGUUUUGAGUUGGGGCCUUGGAGGUAGUAUUGUCACAUAUUCCUUUCUAUAAAGGAUCUUAUAUGAGUUUUAACAACCUUGAUAUAACACCGUAAACCUGUUGUACUUUGCUCUUACCUUUGCAUACUGCUAUUGCCUUCCUCUAAUUCUGCCCAUUGCCAUUUCAAGAAUCAAGAUAUUACUUUUGUUUUUUAUCAGGUGGUGGUGCAUAACUUACUUUGUUCUGAUAGAAUGGUUUUGUGCUCAGCCUAAAAAAAUUCUGCCAGCUGAUGUGAACUCGGAAACAUGCCAUGCAUUGAGAAUUCAACUGGUCAUGCUGACCACAAGUCUGCGGUUUGUAAUCCAACCACAGUCCCCAUGCAUGAUUUCAAGCCAUUUGAAUGCAACAGCUAUGACCUUCACAUAGCAGAAGAAAAAGCAAACAUAAGGGACAAUCAUGGAAUCUCGUGUCAUUUCAAUGAUGGUCCUGAUCUCAUUGUUUUUGAAGAAAAAUCAGUUCUUGAUUCAAGUUGCAUUAAAGAUAACAAUGAAUGCUUCAAGAUUCCGGAUCUUGAUUCAUCAGCAUUCACGAUUAGCGCUCUCAUCAAACACCCAAAGCCUGAAGAUGACAUUUCACCACUUAAAGGUGAUAAAGAUUCGAGCUUGCAGUGUAAUCUUCAUAGUGCUAUCAAAGAUAUCGGUAUUGAUAUGGGGGUGCCUCUAGUGGACAAGAUUUUUACCGAAAAUUUGAGCUGUGAUAAAAAUGACAACUUGGGAGAAGAUGUUCAAAAGGAAACACUUUCUGGGGAGACAACAAAAACAGAGGACACUAAAAUUGUUGAUAUCAAACCAGUUGUAUCUGAAUCAGCUAAGGGCACUUACAUAGAGGAUGAAUUGAUGGAGCCUUUAGGCUCAAAAUGUCAUAGGACUCUAAAAGCAGCUGAUGAUUGUCAGUAUUCCGAACCAAACAAGAACGAGCCUAGCGAAGUUCAAUGCAGAGGCACUGUGAAUAUGGCUGAGAAUAAUGUUGGACCCCAAACAGGACCUGAGUUGCAAGACAUGCAGAGUAGUGAGGACAAAACCUCUGCUAAUCUUUUAAUGGGUGAUCAAGAUGGAUUUGCAGAUGGAAACACAAGUUUCUCUUCAGUUGGUCCUAUGUCCGGUUUGAUUACCUAUUCGGGGCUGGUCCCGCAUCCUGGGAACAUUUCUAUUCGUUCAGAUAGCAGCACAACCAGCACAAGAUCCUUUGCUUUCCCAGUGUUACAAUCAGAGUGGAAUAGCAGUCCGGUGCGAAUGUCAAAAGCAGAAAGGAGGUACAGAAAGCAGAGGGGUUGGAGGCAGGGUCUUCUCUGUUGUAGAUUCUAAAAUCUUUUUCCAUUUCAUUCUUUAGGGCUCGUAGAUCGAUCACAUAUCAUUUACCAUACAUAUAAUGAAAGAUCACAAAGUUGUGAGCAGACGAUGUUGGAUUUGGAUACAUGUCAAUAGGAUUAGGGAAGAGCGUUGAAUUCAAGUUGUAAUCAGAAGCCAAACUGUGCCUUAAAAUUUAUGGAGUGUCUCCCGAAUCAUGUUGCUGAGCUUUGACAUCACUUAUGAUCUUGUUAUGUUUUGCUUUUCUUUGUGGGAUUGAGUGGCGUAGAUGUACAACUACAAUAACAUACUGUUUGAUAC